UUGAGUAUUGAAACGACAGAAGGGACCUCAGUGUUGAGAGUCAGAGAAGCAGUUACCAACGAUUCUGAAUGUUAUAGUGUUGUCGUCAGGUGUCGUUGUGUCACUAGCCAGAUGUCUUCGUCCGUCACGGUUGAAGAUUGCCCAGAUCCCCCGUUUGGCCGGCCCGCGACGACGAACGAGACCACAGACUCCAUCGUGCUGUCCUGGUACGGCCCUGUUUUUGACGGAGCAAGCCCUGUCAUCGGCUACAAAGUCGAACAGAAACUCUCUGGAAAGCAACAUGAUUGGAUCGUCAUAUCAGAUCUCUGUCAACACACAACAUUCCACGUCAAAAACCUCCGAGCCCACACCUCGUACAACUUCCGCAUCAGUUGCGUCAACAAACACGGCUGCAGCAGGCCUGGCAUCGCUUGUGAAGCACGUACGAAAGAGAACGGUGGCGAAAAUGGCGUGGAACAAAAUGGCGUAACUCAAUUUGAUGAUGGCGGGAAAUUCGCGUUCGAACCGAGAAUUGUAAGCAUCAGGAGAGAUAAAAAGUUUUCAGAGUUGUACAUCAGUGGAGAACUUAUCGGCCGCGGAAAAUUUGGGGUAGUUCAAGAAUGCUUUGAAAUAAAGACCAAUCGCAAGCUGGCUGCCAAGGUCAUUAAACUGAAACAAGGUCAGAAGGAGGAGUUUCGAGAAGAGGUCAACAUCAUGAACAAGUUACACCACGUCAAACUUCUUCAACUUUAUGAUGCCUUCGAAACCUCGAGAGAGGCUGUUCUCAUUAUGGAAUUCAUUGAAGGGCGAGAACUGAUGGAGCGCAUAAUCAAUGAGGAUUAUUUGCUAACGGAACGGGACUGCAUCUACUUCCUUCGACAGAUAUGCUCCGGGAUCAAGUACAUGCACGACCUAAACGUUCUCCAUCUGGAUAUCAAACCGGAAAAUAUUCUCUGCGUACGCCCGGAUUGCAAUGAUAUUAAAAUCAUCGACUUUGGACUAUCCCGCAUGUACGAUGAGAAGAAACCAGUCAAGGUAAUGUUUGGCACCGCCGAGUUUGCAGCCCCUGAAGUGAUAAACUACGAUCCCGUGACACCGCUGACGGAUAUGUGGAGCGUUGGAGUUGUCUGCUACAUCCUCCUUUCAGGAUUCUCGCCAUUCGCCGGCAAUUCAGACGCGGAGACAUUUGUGAACGUGACGAAAGUGCAGUACGAUUUUGACGAGGGAUUCGAAGAUGUAUCCACAAAGGCUCAAGAAUUCAUUUCAUGUUUACUCGCAAGAAACCCAAAGUCAAGAAUGACGUCAUCAGAGUGUCUGUCACAUGAUUGGUUGGUUCAAUACGAAGAUGUGACGUUGGAGAAAACACUGGAUACGACACAACAUCGAAAAUUUCUCACGAGAAGAAAAUGGCAGGUUGGAUAG